GGAAAUAUUAUCAUAGGACCGCUAUUAAAUUCGCCGCGCGUCGGCCGACUGGACUGUGGAAAGGAAACAACUUGAGAUCUACUCUCUCCCCAAAACCUAAUGGCCUCCUCCGCGUCCCCCCCGAUUCUCCCGAUCUCCAACUCCCAGCCAACUGCUGCCGUCUCCACCGCAUCUUCUGGAUCCAUCUCAUCUCCGUCAUUAGCGCCGGCCACUACCCCUGCCUUCCGUCUCUUCCUCUCCCGCCUUCAAGAAUCUAUCCGCAGAUCUCUCUCCGACCGCCGUCCUUGGUCUGAACUUCUCGACCGCUCCGCCUUUUCUCGACCAGAAUCUCUUUCUGACGCCACUUCUCGUCUCCGGAAAAACUUCUCCUACUUUCGUAUCAACUAUUUUACUCUAAUCGGCGCCGUACUUGCUCUCUCCCUCGUCUCGCAUCCCGCCUCCCUUUUCGUCCUACUUGGAUUGCUCGCCUCUUGGUGCUUCCUAUACAUCUUCCGUCCCUCCGAUCCCCCGCUCGUUCUCUUCGGACGCACUUUUUCGGAUCGCGAAACACUAUUUGGUCUUACCGUCAUCACUGUCUUUGUCGUUUUCCUCACGUCGGUUGGAUCUCUCAUAAUCUCUGCGUUGCUAGUCGGUGCUGCGCUGGUGGCCGCUCAUGGUGCCUUCCGCGUGCCGGAGGAUUUGUUUCUCGACGAUCAGGAGCCGGGCGGGGCGGCGACUGGAUUCUUGUCGUUUCUAGGCGGAAGCUCGUCGAGUGUAGGCCCGGCAGUUGUUACGGGUCGUGUGUAAUGCGGACUUGGCUUUCCGGAUCGAGAUCCACGGGGGAAGGUUGGUGCGAUUUCUUUUUAUUUUCAGUUAUUAUUGAUUAUGUAGAGUUAAACCGUGAAGGAGGAUUUGUUUGGGGUCAUCUAACAUUGUGUAGCUAAUAUUGGGGUACAUUUUAUAAAUCUUAUGGAAU